ACAAGAAAGAUAAGGACCCAAAAUACGUUAUAUGAAAUUUACGAAAUCCAACUUCAGUUACUUUAAACUUGUGCUCUCAUUUUAUGAAUUAAGUUUGAGCUAUUAAGUUACUCGGAAGUAAAUCUGCCAUAAAAGGGUAUAUCACGAACAUUCAAAACAGAACAAUGAACAUUCAAAAGUGUGAGUGUAAAGAAAAUCGACCACCCAACACAGGACGAUGCUUCACCUGUUCAUCGAAUGCGCAAAAGAAGGCUCCAGAUAAUUUCAAAGUUCCUAAUUUACCUUCCUCGUCACGACGUCCACAGACUGAUAAGAACAAAAAUAAUGAAGUUGCUAAACCCGAACUGAACAGAGACGUUAAGAAAAAGGUAUGGACAUUAUCCGAUUUCGACUUGGGAAAACCUCUCGGUAAAGGAAAAUUCGGUAAUGUGUAUUUAGCUCGCGAGAAAGAAUCUCAUUAUGUCGUUGCAUUAAAAGUGUUAUUUAAAAGUCAAAUCAUGGAUUCAGAAAUAGAACAUCAAGUGCGGCGCGAAGUUGAAAUUCAGUGUAGACUGCGUCAUCCUAAUAUAUUGCGCAUGUAUGGAUAUUUUCAUGACGAAAAGAGAGUUUAUUUCAUUUUAGAGUACGCGAAGUAUGGUGCGCUUUAUAAAUUAUUAAAGGACCAAGAGAGAUUCGACGAGAGAACUGCUGCCAUCUGUGUGAGAGACUUGACGAGGGCUUUGCUCUACUGUCACUCAAAGAAAGUUAUUCACCGCGACAUCAAACCAGAGAAUUUACUCGUAGGUUCUAACUAUGAGUUAAAAAUAGCAGAUUUUGGUUGGUCAGUACAUUCACCUUCUUCAAGACGUAUGACUCUUUGUGGUACUCUAGAUUAUUUGUCACCUGAAAUGAUUGAAGGAAAACCGCAUAGCUAUCCUGUUGAUAUUUGGAGUCUCGGUGUGUUGUGCUACGAGCUGCUGGUGGGAUUGCCACCUUUUGAUGCUAAAGAUUCACAUCAGACUUAUAAAAAAAUCAGAUAUGUUAUUAUUAAAUACCCAGAUUUUGUUUCUGAGAAAGCUAAAGAUUUAGUCGGUAAACUUCUUGUUAUUAAUCCAGAUCAAAGACUGCCGUUGACUCAAGUUUUAAAGCAUCCUUGGAUAUUAGAAAAUGCCCCAGAAGGUGCUAAACCAGUUUUUAGUAAAUUGGAGCAAAAAUAG